AUGACUGCUGCCCCCACCCAUAGCGGCCACGGAUAUAAAGUCGGCUUGAUAUGCGCAGUCGAUGCCACUGAGUUAGCGGUAACAGCGAUUCUUGAUGAUGUCCAUCCCACGUUCACUUCCCGGGUCGACAGCGCGAGCAUGGCGCCUAGUCCAUGCCACGAUAACUGCGUGUUUGCCUUCAAGCAGGCUGGAAAAUGUUGGCUUCAACGCACGGAUACUAAUCAGGAUAUGGAAGGUGUCCCGCACCGAUACGAGGCUUCUGGAGAGCUUAAGGGACCCUGCUUCGAAAUGACAGCAGCUUAUCAUCUAAACGAACUUGCCUGCGCGGUCACCAGUUACCUCAGUGACUUGCAAAACCAUAGAAGCGAACACCAAUGUGCGGAAAUGGCUGUUGCUAGGAGAAUUGAAUUGCUCUCCGACGUCCGAAAGAUUAUGUCCCUUAGAGUGGCCAAAAGAGGGGAUAGAAUGGAGUUUGCAGAUAUAUCUGCGGCAACUCAGGCGUCGUACGUGCUUGAUAUGGAGGCACCCGAUACCGAAAAGGCCAAUAGUAUAUUCGUCGGUCCGUCCCCUGAUGAGGGUUUGACUGGCCAGAGGGAGAUCCCCGUGGUGGGCAGCUGCAUGCACAAGUCGUCUGAUACACAAGAAUACCCCUUUAGCGGCCCAAUAUACAUAUAUUGGGAGACGACCCCCAGGUUUCUAAUGCUGUUAUUGUGUAGGGGCUGCUUUCGGCGGCACAUCAGUUAUCAGCGGAGUUAUCACCUAAAUUCGGGGGUUCGCUCGACCUCUAAUUACGUUCGCCAGCAGAUGCGUGCCGCUGGCUCCAACUCACACCGAACUGUCAGAUCCGACUUCAUACCCUGCGAGACCGAGACUGCGACUGAAGGGGAUGCAGAUUAUUCAUAG